AUGAACCAACAACAACAUUCUUCACGUUCCUCUAACAUCUCCUCGCCAAAUAUGUUUGGUGAAUCGUUCAACAUGGUAUCCUCAUCCUCUGGUGAUAAUUCACCAUCCACAACCAAUAAUAAUAACAACAACAAUACCACACAUCAUCAUAAACCGACCUCCAUCAACACAUCCUCCUACAUGAGAAGUAAUACUAAUUUUGAUUCCAUCAUCAUGAUGGAUGAACAAGAGUUAAUGAACGAAGGCUUAACGGGCAGUAUUGAAUCUUCGCCGGCCACUACACCAUUCUUCACCAACACAAAUAGUAACUCGUUAUUUGGAGGACCUUUCUCAUCACACCUUCAGCAACAAGUCUACAUGAACGCUUUCAAUAAUAAUACGAAUAAUAAUAAUAAUCCAUCAUCAUCAAGGCUUUAUAAUAAUAACAACAACAAUAAUAAUAACAUCAAUCGACACCACAACAACAAUUCUACCUCACCCAUCUCAACAUCAUCAGAACCUUUUCAAUCCUUCUCAUUCAUUGAUGAUGAAGAUGCCAAUCAAACCACAAGCGAUUCAGGCUAUCUGUCGGGUUCAUCUCAUCUCUCUCUCACUCCUCCCGGACUCAGUUACAUGAUGAUGAGUAUGGGUAACUUUAAUAUUAAUUGCAAUAGCUCAAAUCCAACAACAGCAACAACAACAACAAAUAAUUCAUCUCCUCCAAAUCAUCCACAACAAACGCCCAAUAGUAGCAACUCGACGAGUAAUUUCCACCUCUCAUCACCUUCUCCAUAUGGCACCCUUUUGGGAGCUGGCUCAGAAGAGGAUGAUGAUAUUCUGGGCGGAGGUAAUACUAUUAGAGUGAUAGGAAGUGGUAUUGUUGAAGAUGUGGAGCCUCUUCUCGACGACGAGAAUGCAUUCAAUAAUACCGAUGAUUUACUGAAUACUAAUGACAAUAAUAACAAUCAAACAGCAAGAAUUAACACGUCGACGGGUUCCAUAUUUCAACAGCAACUGCAACAGCUUCAACAACUACACAACAAUAGCAACAGUACCGACACCGACACUAAUAUCGCUCCCUCAUCAUCACCAUCAAUGAAAAAUUCAUCCAUGAAAAGAACCAAUAGUGCUCAAAAUUUGCUCAAUUCUUCUUCCUCGUCUCUACCUCCAACUUCAGCCUCUGCAUUUAACACAACAAAUGCCUACAAUAUGGCUCUCAUUGAAGAGAUGAUGUUGAAUGGGGCUUUAAAUAAUGCUAAUGCUCUCGAGUUACAACAGGCCUUGCUACGAUCAACAAAUCUUUCAUCGUCUUCGAUGACAAAUAUUCCAUCAUCACUGUCAACAUCACCGCCUUCAGCAGCGGCUGCCCUUCAACUUCAACAACAAAAUUUGGCACUUUCAAGACAAUUAGUUCAACAGCAACAAGUGGUGGCCUCUAUGAUUGGGUCUCAAAUGAGAUCAUUGCAAGUAGUUCAGGAAUUGAUUCAACAACAACAACAGGUCAAAAAAUCCACUGGCAGUUCAUCGAUACCACGAAGUAAGACAAUGCCUUCUUUGUCAAAUAGUAAUAUUAUUCCAAUCUCAAUGCUCUAUAAUCAACAACAGCCAAGUGAAAAUCAAAGAUCACUUUCUGCACGAGGAACCUCAGCUUCCUCUGCAUUGGAUGCAGACGUUCCUCAAAUCAAUGAAGAGGAUGUGAAUUUUAAAGAAGAUCCAAGCCCGUUAUUUAUGAACCAACGAGGCCUUCAAGAUUUUAUGUCUCAACAUAAUUCGAUCGAGUUAGAUGCUGAAAAUUACUCUCUAAACCCAUUGAAUUUAAGCUCUGUUGAAUUAUAUAAUACCAUGAUGAAUACUCUUCAGCAAAACCAAAAGCUCCUUGCUAAUGCUUAUGGUAAUUUAGCAAACUUGGCCAACACACUGAGCCAACAGCAAAACAGUGUGGUAUCAGGAAUGAAAAGAUCUACAUCUACAACCAGCGUCAAUAGUGUCACAUCUACAUCGAGUCAACACAGUGGAUAUCAAAAUCUUGGAUAUAGCUCAAUACCGUUCAGUCCAAUGAGCAGAUCACAAUCUAUGAAUUGUUUAUCUUCGUUGGCAAACACUGGGACUACGUAUAAUUUCGGCCUUGAUUCUACAUUGUCUUCUUUUGGAGAAAAUGUUGCUACUAACGACAGCAAAUCAUCUGGCGGAAGUGAAAUGAAGAGAUCUGUGAGCACCAACUCCUUGAGAAAUUUGAAGCGACCAACCAAAAGCAAAAAGAUGGCACCAACACGAAGUAGCGACAAUAUCUCAGGAUUGCUGGAUAAGGAAUUAGAAAAGGAAUCCUCGAAAAAGCGAAAAAAUUCUAGUUCCGCUAAGAAGAGCACAAAGAAAAACCAUUCUGACAAUAACAACAGCAUGACAGGUUUAUCCUCUUCGCAAAAGUCAGCACAAUCUGAGGAAACCGCUGUCACAGAGGAGCUCCCCACAAACAAAAGAAAAACAAAUAGUAGCGCCUCAUUAACCACAAGUACUAGUACCAGUAGUCUCAAUAUUGCUGGCGAAGAAAUUCCUUCCUUGCAAGUGGAGUCAAGUGAACAACAAGUUAGCGAAGCUUCUCCUAGAGCCAAUAACAAUCGAGAGAUUGUUGCUGCUGCUUCUUCUAGUACAAGUUCUGAAAAUUCAUCAACCCCAACAUUACCUUCCUCAAAAUCCCACACAUCACUGAGCUCCAUAGCCAAUUCUCAACAACCCACACAGUCAUGUAUUUCAACUAAGAGCUCCAAACAAAAAUCUGUCAAAAUUGGAGGAGUUACUGGUGGUGUCCGAAAAGCACAUUCUAUGGAUUCCAUAGCAGCCACAGCUCAACAAUAUCAACAACAAUUUAUCAUGGAACCUCCAUCAACCUCUUGUCAAGUCGCAAGUACAAGCUCUGCCUCGAUUAGCACUACUGCAGAACAACAAUCCAACAGCAAACCCAAAUCUAACAAGACUUCUAAGCCAAAGAAAAUUGCAUUCCAAAAUGAUAGCCCAGCAGGAUCAAAUCUUCCUCCAGGAGCAGGGGUGUUUUCCAUGAGCUCCUAUCAGCCACCAACUUCAUCCUCGAAUUGUAAUCAAGGCAACAAGAGAUGGAAGUUCCAUGAAUUCGACAAUGAAGACAAACCAAUUAAGGAUGGUGAUAGUGGAUUUACCUUCCACUUUUAUAAGCCCUCUAAAAAUUGA